GGUUUUUUUUUUUGGUUCUGUCCCCCUUUUAUUUUCAAAAAGAUUGAAAGAAGACUUGUCUCUUGGGGCAGGGGAAAAACCUGCGAUUGUUUUUGCUUGUGAGAGUCGACUCCCCCCAGGGCACUGUUCCAGGUGUCCUAUUCGAAGCGUAGAAGCAAGGCACACUUACACACGCAGACACAAAUGCACGAUGAGUGAGUAAAAGUGUUGGUAGCAGUAUACGGAGUGCGUGCUGUGCUGUGCGUGUAUCCUUUUGUGGACAUCACUGCACCAAGGGGGCCUGGCAUUGGAAGUAAUGUCCCUGAUAAGCCGUCCACCACAACCACUUUAAGCAUGGUAGCACCUUCUCCAGCAGUAUUACCAUUCAAGAAUAUUGUGAAGGACAUCCAAUACAUGCCAGAAUUACUGAAUUUGCUGAAGUCUUUUAAAGAAUCCAGUUAAACAAAAUAGUGCGCUCAGUAACAGAUACAUACAGAGACAUACAUUCCACCGACGGCGAAGAUGAUCGAUAGUGGUGUAGCCUCCCUUAGCCUUAGUAUCUCCAGUUGUCUUCGUUGUUGCCGCGGUUUGAGAGUUCCAUAUUGCUACCAUUCUUCCAAUCUUUCUGUCGGGGUGAAAUUCUUCCUCACCUGACUGAAGGGAUUCGAAAAAGUACCAACAGUAUCUAGAUCUGCACCAAAUGCAACGGGGUCUACUUCGCUGGGUGUUAACGGAGGUGAGAAACGGAGUUAUUUGGGGUGUCUGCUCUUGAGAGUUGGUGUUGCGACAGAGGGAAAUUUUAUUCAGCAAUCAAGCGAAUGGUGCAGACAGAGAGCAGGCAGUAGUACUGGUGAAGGGACGCUGAAAGGUAUAGCAACCUCAUAUAAAAAGCACGCACAGGCACACACAGGAAUGGGGGAGGGGGGCGAGAACUCCCGUCGAUAUUAGGCCGCGAAAUACAAUCCAUCCACUUGGUGGACUCUUGGAGUCCCCGGAGUAGUUCACACACGUAUCUGGCGAGCGCUUGUGUAUACAUCUCUGGUAGUAGCUAUCGUCGAGAGCGAGAGCGAAUGCCCGUGAGCAAACACGGAAUAGCUGUUCCUUGUGUGUGUGUGUGUUUGCGUAUGUGUGGCCACUAGAGGGCCUCCGAAAACAACGGGGGCAGUGCCGUGUUCAGAACCGUCUUGAAGUCAUUGCAGUUUCGCUUGCACAGAACGCAACACAGUGGUUACGGGGUGACAUACGGGACUCGGGACAGUAAAAAUAGUCAUUUUAUACAUAUCCCGGGAUAUAUCUACCUUUAGCCGUAGGUGUACCAAUUUCUAUCGGGUUACUUGCUGCAUCGUAACCUUAGCCGCCCGUAAACUUCACACCCCGGGUUUCGUUCAUAAAAGCCGUCGGACGGUUCGUUAACGAGGCAUUGGUAGUGAAACUUCUGCUCCACCAUCAACCUGAUGCUGCCGCCGUACCGUGCGUGCGUGCGUGCACCUGUCAUCCGCUCAAUGGCCGCAAACAAGUCGCUGGUCGGCCACCUGAUUGCUGCUUAGAACAGGCGGGACACUGCCGCACAAACAGCAUGGCAUCCUUCCACACUACGAUGUGCUAGACCCGUACCCAGUGUGAGCGGAUUUAAGGAACACACCCUCUGUCAGGUAAACGCGAAACCCCACCCCCUCCCAUUCCGGACACGGCAGUGCAUUUGUGCCAUCUAGCCGAGGUUGGCAGCAGCAAAACCUGCAAAAAAAAGGUACCCAGGUUACAGACACACUAUCAUGUUUGGCAUGGUGCUACAGCAGCAGAAACGUUCAGCAUCCACGAUCGGACGACAACUCACGAUUCAGCAAUCGUACUAUCACGCCAAAGCGAGCGACUAAGCUAGUGGUGGCAGGCGUCAACAGCAACCAAGCAAUCAAUCAACGGGAAAAGUUCAACCAGUGAGCGAAUUAACGCGAUCAGAGCGGCCGGGCCACAUACAUUGCUUCCAGCCGCCCGCGCGAUAGAGAGAGAGAGAGAGAGAGAGAGAGAGAGAGCGAACGAGUGAAAGAAUAGAUAGUCUGCGAAGAGAGUGAGAGAGAUAUACAUAAAAAAAAUAUAAAUAGAGUGAGGAAAAAUCGUUUAUCGUGGUUGAGGCGGUAAUAACGGUGCUACAGUGAAGCCUUACGUUCUUACAAACGCCCACCUGCUGUGCUAAGACGGUGCUAAAGCUACAAGCCCCAGCAACGGUGCAGCGUUACUUGUGUGUGAAGUGAUUAUUUGUGAGGAACACUAAGCACCGCCAGAGUGUCAUAUAUUGUUCCAGAAGGCGGUUUUUUUUUCAUCCCGCAACGGUCCUACUGUCCUACCACUACUACUACUUCGGCAAAAGGUGCGCUUGAGUGUUUCGUCCAAAAAAACCCACACAACACCCGUCCCCAAACCAUCAUCAACGCCGUUAACACCGUAACACGCGCACCAACCCAAGUGAUCCAAAAAAAAAAAAUGGCGGCCCAGCCAGCGUGUACGCGCUUUUCCGACAACUACGAACUGAAGGAGGAGCUCGGCAAGGGUGCAUUUUCGAUCGUGAAGCGAUGCGUGCAGAAGUCGACCGGGUUCGAGUUUGCGGCGAAGAUCAUCAACACGAAGAAGCUGACGUCGCGCGACUUCCAGAAGCUCGAGCGUGAGGCGCGAAUAUGCAGAAAGCUACAGCAUCCGAACAUUGUCCGGCUGCACGACAGCAUCCAGGAGGAGAACUUCCACUACCUAGUGUUCGAUCUCGUAACCGGGGGCGAGCUGUUCGAGGACAUUGUUGCGCGCGAGUUCUAUUCGGAGGCGGACGCGUCGCACUGCAUACAGCAGAUCCUGGAAUCGGUGAACCACUGCCAUCAGAACGGUGUCGUCCAUCGGGACCUGAAGCCGGAAAAUUUGCUGCUGGCAAGCAAGGCGAAGGGUGCGGCAGUGAAGCUGGCAGACUUCGGGCUGGCAAUAGAGGUGCAGGGCGAUCAGCAGGCGUGGUUUGGGUUCGCCGGUACGCCCGGCUAUCUGUCGCCGGAGGUGCUGAAGAAGGAACCGUACGGGAAGGCGGUCGAUAUCUGGGCGUGCGGCGUCAUACUGUACAUCCUGCUCGUCGGUUACCCGCCGUUCUGGGACGAGGAUCAGCACCGGUUAUACGUGCAGAUAAAGGCGGGCACGUACGACUACCCGUCGCCGGAAUGGGAUACGGUGACGCCGGAGGCGAAAAGCCUGAUCAACCAGAUGUUAACAGUGAACCCGUACAAGCGCAUCUCGGCUGCGGACGCCCUGAAGCAUCCGUGGAUCUGCCAGCGCGAGCGCGUUGCAUCGGUCGUCCACCGGCAGGAGACGGUCGACUGCUUGAAGAAGUUCAAUGCGCGCCGCAAGCUGAAGGGUGCCAUCCUCACGACCAUGCUCGCGACGCGCAACUUCUCCAGCAAGAGCAUGAUCGCAAAGAAGGGCGACGGUUCGCAGGUGAAGGAGUCGACCGAUUCGUCCAGCACCACUGUCGAGGACGAUGAUUGCAAGGCGCGCCGGCAGGAAAUCAUCAAGAUUACCGAGCAGCUGAUCGAAGCAAUAAACAACGGUGACUACGAAACGUACACGAAGAUCUGCGAUCCGCAUCUGACCUCGUUCGAGCCGGAAGCGCUCGGCAACCUGAUCGAGGGUAUGGACUUCCACAAGUUCAACUUCGACAAUGUGCUCGGCAAGAGCAACAAGGCGAUCAACACCACCAUACUGAACCCGCACGUGCACAUCUUCGGCGAGGACACGGCGUGCAUCGCGUACGUCCGUUUGACGCAGUACAUCGACAAGCAGGGCCACCCGCACACGGUCCAGACCGAGGAGACGAGGGUGUGGCAUAAAAAGGACAACAAGUGGCAAAACGUACACUUUCACGGUAGCCGCAACGGAAGCUUUAGCAACACCGCGACGCAAUACGACUUUGUCAAUCACAAGUAGAUUGACCAGUAGGAUGUGGUACGAGUAGAGAAACGGUACGGGCAAGGAUGUGGAACAGCAGCAGCCAACAGCAACAGUUACUGCUACACAUUACUAUUACUACUACUACUACUACUACUACAACUACUACUGAUACUACUGCUACUACUACUACUACUGAUACUAUUACUACUACUACUACAACCAACACUUUUUCGCUUGUAAGAUGAAGCAAUCCACGACGACGACGCCGAAGCAGAGAUGAGAUUAGUUUGGAUGGACAUAUACGGAAAUACGGAAGGAGUUUAGCAUAUAAAGAUAAAGAAGAAGAAGAAGAUAAUGAUGAAGAAAAGUCGCAAAAUCGCAUAUUUAUUGGGAAACUUCAAAUUUCUGCCUCAUACUUUUUCUCCCGUAUUUUGGUGCACCACACAUGUUGAUAAUUGUAAAAGAAAGAUGGCAAAACUUUAAUGAGAAAAAAAAAACAAAAAUAUUCACAAAAACCAACACAUACAUACACAAACGAGAUAAGGGAAAGGAAGAAGAAAACAAAAACAAUCACACUCACCCAUUGACAAAUUUCACAAAAGAAGAAGAGGAGGAAAAAGGAAAAUGGAAAAAAAAUCACUUUUGCAAACACUUCACCUCUUGGCGGGGAAUUCGAUUUCUUCCCCCCCAUCCCUUACUCUUCCCCGUUCCGAUUCUCAUCACCCCCAACUUACCGUUGUCUUUUUACCGUUUACCAUUCGUGUCGACAUACACGGACGCAACACACAUUCGCACCUGCAUGUUAGAUUGGAAAACAAAAUGACACAAACCAAAUGUUUAAAAACCCGUUGAGCACAAGCGACCUAAGAAAAACAACACUCACAUGUGUGUAUGUGUGAAUGGUGUGCAUGCGUGCAUUUAUGUAUGUGUGUAUUUUUCUUUUGUCAUUGACUUUAUGGCAGACACAAAAUUGACUAAAAAGAAGGGGGGGAAAACCAAAAUGAAGCCAAAAGUUAAUCGUGUACUACACUCCUACAUCUUCACCUGUAUGCCAUCCUCGAUCUUAUGGUGAAGAGAAUAAAAUUUAGAACAUAUACACCUUUACAUAAACACACAUACACACACACCCAUCAUUGUCAUUCAAAAACAUAAAACAAACCUGUAUAUGGAAAGCAAACGAGACAAAAGUAGUACGGUGGGGUGUGGAUAAAGGGAGGACAAAGGGGGUAGGGGGAGGGUGAUAAGGAUAGGUGGAGGAAGGAAUGGGAGAGGCAAGAAGUACUAAACAAACAUACAAACAAUUGUAGCACGCCGUAAAACUCUUAAAUCCAAUGUUUUAAACCGCGAACAUGUUGAGGAAGUUUACUUAUUCGAUUUAAUCGGUUUUACUCACAGAAAGGGCGCGGUCAGAACAGAAAAUAAUAGAAAAGAAGGUAAAUGAAACAAAAAAAAAAGAAGAUUUUUGGCACAUUUGAACGAUUGUAGGAUUGUAUGGCGAAAAACAGGAUGCAAAGGAAGAAAAAUAGCAUGAAUGAAAAAUUCGAACAGCACACGUGAACACCGAGACGAAUAUUUUUCUGGCAGUGGGACCACUGUAACACUCCUGCCAGUUUUGCCACGUGUAUGUAUCUGCGCACGUGUUUAUGUGUGUGAGUGCGUGUAUGUGUGUGGAUCAUCAAGAGCCAAGGUAUAGUUAAAGAAGAAACAAGGUUAGCAUGUAGAACAAAUGCUAGUGCAAACCACAACACACUGUACUUGUGCAAGACGAUAACACACCGGGCAUCGUUUUAUCAACCCCUAAUCCAUAACCUCCCCCAACCUCAUCGCUUGUACUUAGCUGUAGGGUUGCAAAUUACAGCAGAAAAAAAAACAAACAAAGCAAAAAUCCACACGAUCAAUCGGCAUCGAUCCAUUCAAUGCGAGAAUCCUAUUGUUUGCCCUUACGUAACUGAGCACACGCAAUGUACAACGCGCGUUCCCUCCAUAAUUUAUGUCUUUUGUUGUUUUUUCUUUGUGUAUGUUGUUGCCCUUUUUUGUUGUUGUACCGCUGGAUGCCGGAAUAGUAAAGUAGGAAUGGGAAGAAGUUAUGAGUAGCUCUGCUCUGGCUCUGCUUAUUGUUUGCAGGGUAGGCUUAAUUUCAAACUGCUCAAUUUGAGGCGCAUCCAUCCUACAACAUUUACGUCCGCAACCGUAAGCAAGUGUUGUGGCGAAAAUGGGGUGAAAUAAGUCAAGAACAAAGUAAUUAACGAGCAAAAACCAACACAGAGACACACAAAUAAAACACGCAAACUGAUAAGCAAAUCAACAACAAACAUUCAAAACAGAACAAGUAGGUCAAAUUGUUGGAAAAGCAGGGCUUCUCCAUUUGAUUACGAAGAAAAUAAAAGGAAGGAACAGAAAGAGAUAGAGUGAAAGAGAACAUCAGUGAAACAGGAGUAACGCCUGCUAAACCAAUCGGGAAUACUUUGCAUUUUAAACUUAUCUUACCAGCCGGUAUUCGCUAGGUGGAAGAGAAAACAGAAAAGUUCGCAUGAUGCAUUUUUUAUGUCCGUAUGUAUGUGUCUGCUACAGGAAAUUGUGUGGUUCGCUAUUGGCUUGUAGCACGCCAACACGCAUGGAAACAAAUGGCGGGUAAACCACACUAACACGACUCAACAACGUCAUGAUAUUAUUGAAGAAACAACCACACACACACACACUCGUAUAAACGAACUUUUUAUUUGGUUCUCAGUCGAGAUUAGAACACAGAUCGAGUGUGUUUGUUAUGGUCGUGGUUUACCGACUUUACUAUUUGACCUGAUUCAAAGGCAGAAGGCUUGAUCUGGGCUUAAAGGGGAGGCAAGAGCAGGCAGACUCUCAACUAGUAUAAUAGUAUAAACUUUGUUUUUGUUUUGGUUAAAAAAUGGUUUUUGUUCAACGCAUCAUUUUUUCUGAGUGAUUCGGCAAGUAGAUGAGCUGGAUGAAAAAGAAAUUUAGGGGAAGGUUGGGGAAGGAUCCGAUGUAGAUAGACUGUAUUUCAUACAGGAAAAGAAGGGAGAAAGGAAUGGUGUGUCGAUUUUGGUGUGUCUGGUUGUUAGUGCACGUGUUCGUGUAUGCGUGUGUGUGUGUGUGUGUUUGCGUGUAGGUGAAAGCAUUUAAUAUCGAACUGGUCUUUUACCGUAGUUUGUAUUUUAAACAACAACAUGAAACAGAAAACGAGAGAAACAAACUUUUCCACCUAUAGUGUGGGUUAGAGAGGAGAAGCAUUUUAAACAAUUGCAAACCCUAAAUAAGGGCACUGAUUUCGUUUGGUGUGAACUCAUUUGCCUUCACGAAGUGAAUGAUAACAAAUUUUGUGGUAACGGCAGAGUUACAUCCCAUUAUCAACAUCCACUCCGCAACAUAAGUACAAACACACUCACACACAUACACGCGAAACGUAGAUGAAAGCCAAUCGGGUAAGAGGUGAAAAAAUGUUCAGGGUUGUAGUUGAAAGGACCUGUCCUGAAAGUGACAGAUAAAGUAGACGUCAUAUUGUAACACAUAUACACACACACAUAAACACAGUUGCGGAAAGGCUCAAUUGCGUAUCAUAUUCAACAUACAUGGAAUAGGUAAUGGAAUGAUACACAAAACAAGAAGAAGAGGGCAAACAAGAAGUGAAAGGAAACAAGAACCCAUCAUAUUAUAGAGCUAGAUGGCAGAAAACCGAAAGAAAAGAGGGAAAAGAUAGUAGUAAUUUAAUAUAAUAUUUAACUAAACAAGUCGGAACACGAAAACGAAAUCAGAACGAGUAAAUGAGAGAUGGAAAGGAAACAUAAAUAAAAUAAUAUUGAACCGAUGAAUCUACCACAACAACAAACAAAAAACAAAAGAGUAAUAAAAAAACGAAACAAAGAAAACAAACCCUUCCCCUUCCCCCUCUACAUACACACACACACAAUAUAGGAGCGACAAGAAGUUUUAACAGAUUUGGCAAUAGUGCAAACCCGUCAACGAUAAAAGAGUUAAAAGAAUUACUAAAACAACACACAAAUACAACAGGUAGAGAAAAACAGAACAUCAAAAAGAAUAUGAAACGAAAAAUCGCAAAAACAAGCACACACUUGUAAUGGGUAACAUAUGCAAGCAAAAGCAGCAAAGAAAAUAGAAAAUUAAACAAACACAACAAUGGAGGAAGGGGAUACACAGGUGGAACUGAGGGAAUGGCAAAAAUAGUGAACGUUCCGCAGCCCUCCUGUGCACACUAAGGAUUUUCAUUUGUUUAUUUUGUGUUGUUAUUUUUCUUUUCGCAGUUCCAUAUUUCGAAUGACAAUCAGCCCGACAAUUUGGUUCCGUUUUACGUGUGUAUUGGUAGUAGUAGUUUCUUUGAACUUCGAUUUUGCAUUUUCCACUUAAUAUCUUGUGGGUAUUGUUUAUAUUUGUUCACUGUUUGUUUUAUUUUCUUUUGUUUUGCGUUUUCUUUUUUAAUUUUGUUUACUUUGAUUGAUUGUUUAUCUUUAUUAUUUAUGUCGUGUUUUCAACAUAUGUUGAUUUAGUUUCGCCAACUGUUUCUACCGCAAUGAGAAGCAGAAUUUGUGUUUUGCUUUGAAUUGGAAAAGUGAUUAUGUUUACUAGAAGAAAGCCGCUGAAGGUGGGUGCGAUGUAAGGAAUGCUAGAUUAUAUCGUUUGCUAGCGUUUUUGUGUUCUUUGUUUAAGUUUUGUUUCCUUACUGUGAUUCUGGCUGUUUACAGUGCGCGGAUAAGAUGUUAUAAAAAAGAAUGUGUUCGAUUUGGAAACCGAUUGUACGAUCGUCUGUGUGAGUGUGUACGCGUGUGGGUGUUAGUGUGGAUGUUUGAGCGAGUGGAUGGUUGUAAAUUUUUGGUUUUAAUUGUAUCGAUUUACUUAUACUGUUGCGUCAGGUUCAUUGCGCUGUGGAUAUACUAGACGUAAACUAAAGCCGAACAAACUAGGAAAGCGAGAGGGAAGUAAAUGGAAAAAGAAAAGUUGUAAACCAAGCCGAAACAAUAUGAAAGACAACUAAAUACAUAAAAACGCAGCAAUAUGGAUUAAGUGUAACAACUAAACUAACACCAUCUUCUAGUCGUUGUCGUAUUCUAAUGCAAUGCAAAGAGAGUAACAGAGUGAAACAAGCAAGGAAACAAACGAAAAACAGCAAACGAUUAAAGUUAAAGUAACAAAAAUGGAGCAACAAAAAAAACCAUAACACAGCAAAAGGUAAAAAAACAUUCUCUUUCACACAUAUACACGCCCGCGCACCACGUGCAAGCUAUAGAUCGAAAACGCUGCUAGGCUAAUUGGCAUACGCAAAUAUACAUAUUUACACAUAUGUAUAGAAUACACACGUACACAAAAGAAACACAAACUAACAAAACAAAAAAAAACAUUUGAAAGAGAAUCUCAAUGCGGAUCCCCGAAUAUUAAACAAAAGUAGAAAGAGAGAAAGCGAAAACACAGAAAAACAAUGAAAUGUAAAUCUUGCAAGAUAAAUUUGUAGUUUAAAGCAAUGGCACGCCAAACAGCAAGCCAAACAUAGGGAAGCAGUUCUCUUCUCAUUUUUCUUUCUUUCUUUCGUUCUCUUUUUCUCUCUUUCUCUCUCCCUCUCUCUCUCUCUCUGAUUAUCCCGUAUUCUUUUUUGCUUAGCCGAAAAUUACUUAUAAUUAUGCUACCUUCUCAGACAGGUACGCAUACUCUUCGUUACACCCACACGCGUGCAACAAUGUUGCGUGUUUGUGAAGGGAAAUGUGUGGUUUGACAUUGCUAAUGAUGGACAGGAGACAGAGGUGAAGCUUUGCAUUUGCAGUUUUGCAUCGCACACUGCACUUUUUUAACUUGACGGUGAAGUAUUCGUGUAUUUGGGGCACAGUGUUGUUAGUGGCAGAAACAAAUAUUGAAAUGUUAAUUAAAGUACACUUAAAAGAAAACAACUUUACCUAUACGUGAAAGACAAAAAGGAAAUUUACACGAAAUUUAGAGAGAAAUUGAGAGAGAGAGAAAGAGAGAAAGAAUAUGCAAGAAGAAGAAAUAAGUAGAGAAACGAAGAAAGAAACAAGAGAACAAACAAAAUCGGAACACUAGAAUUGGUAACACGGUACUGAAAUUACAAACCGACACGAAUGUAUGUACAAACAUAUGUAUGUACGUCCUUGCAUGCAUGUAUAUAUGUAUGUAUGUAUGUAUAGUGUCGCGUCAGCUGUACUGUAUUUAAUGGAUGUAUCGUAUUUUAUUGGUUCGUUUCCAAACUCUUUUUUCAUUCUCUUUUGGAGUCUAAAAAAUGGAGGAAACUAAGGAAACAAAACAAAACAAAACAAACAAACAAACAAAAAAAUGGAAGGGAAGAAAACUGAUAAACAAAGCAAGCAUGUUUAGAAACAUUAGAUAGAAACAUAGAAUUAUUUGUAUCUCAUCCCCUUCUCCCAUUUUCCCCUUGUGAAAUUGUGCAACAUUUCUCUCUCUCUCUUUCUUCAUGACGUACGGCGCGUGCGAAACGUAUAGUGUAUGCUCUCACUCCCUCCCCCCAUUAGAAAGAGAUGUAAGAAAGCAAAUUUAAAGAAAUGCAAAGUAAGAAACAAAAGCAACAAAAAAAAACUAACAAACGAACAUAUAUUCACGAAGAACUACGUUUUUUCAUUCGUCUCUUCUUUCUUGCGAUGUUGCGAUCCAAGCUAGAAAUGGAAACUAAGUAACAAAUAAAUGGAACAAAUAGAAAGAGAAGAUAACAAAGGAUGAAACAAGAUUAGUAGAAGAACAAGCAGCAACAGCAGCAAACACAUUUACACACAGAGACAAACAAACCAACCACAAAACACGUACACAGAAGACACAUUAGCCAGUAAACCCAAAACAAAAAGAAACUUUGCUGCACCACGUACUCGUAAUUUACGAACAGAAAUAAUCGAAAACGAAGCGUUUACGAGGGAGAACAAAUACACACAUACACGCGUAAGUAAAGUGCAAGAAGAUAAGAUUACCAAAAAAUAAUUUUAAGUAUUUAAGGGCUAAAGGAAAAGAAAAAAAAACAAAACACACAAGUAACAAGUAAAAUAAACGGUACGAAUGAAACCCGAUAGAUUGCAAGCCAUAAUUACCGCAUAAUAAAAUGCAUAAUAGCGCAAAACAACUGAAAACACACAGAGGAAAACCACAAAACACACCCAUGCAAAUAUGAUAGGUGAAAGAGAGCAGAAAUGACAUUUACGUAGAACAGCAAACGAAACAGAUAGUGUAUGUGUGCGUGCUAGGUUCUGUGCCCGCUCGCACCAGUCAGGAAUGGGAAAGAGAGAGAAAAAAAAACAAAGAGACGAGAGAGAACGAGAGGAAAGAUGUGUGGAGGGUGGCGAUAAUAAGAACUGGGAGCGGCGAUGUAGGGAGAAGCAGCAGUAAAGAAAUGACUUCGAAUAAUUGCGAUGAUAGUUACGAGAAACAAAAACAAGAAAAGAAAAAAACGAUAAAGAGAAAACAAAACAAGAAAAAAAAUAUUUAAAAAAAAACAACAAAAGUACGCCUAUCGUAGAUUUGUGCUAACUACAAGUAUAUAAAUCACUAAAACAUUAGGCAGCGAAACUAAUAUUUCCAAGAGGUAAAUCUUAAAAAAAAUUAAUUUAACUAAGGCAACACGUCAUAACAGAUUAUGCCACUAAUCGUUUGUUAUUAUGUUUGUUACUGGGGUAAAAUAUAAUCAAUCACAUCCUUCGACUA